AUGUCAGUGAGGAGAGGCCAAGCGCUACAAGAUCCUGCUGUUCUCAGAGAUGAGGGAGGUCAUGGUGGGGACUGGGAGGCUGAGAAGCAGGUCGACCUGGAGUGGUUUGACACAGAAGCCUUCUUUGAGAUCCUGCUCCAGCAGUCUCUGACAGUGACAACCCAACUCAGCCAGAACAAGGAGGAGGUUGCUGAGGCCGCUUCUAGGGCAGCAGAGGAAGAGGCCAGGCGGAGGGCCCAGCUGGCAGCUGAGUACACAGCAAGCCUUAGCCAUCAGCUGCAGGUCCUUCACCAAGACCUCCAGGCCAGGCAGGAGCAGUGGGCCACCUUCAGCUCAGCACUGACAGAGGCCAAGCGGCUGCUGAAGGCACAGAUGGGCUCCAGGCCACGAAUGUCCUCCUCAGAUGGGCAGAGCCAUCAAGGUGUGGUUCCCCAGAUGGAUGCCGUGCUGGACCACCUGGCCCAGACCUUGCUGCAGGAGGGCCACCGCCUAAAAGCCUGGGGUUUUCUGGGCACUGGCACUGGGGCAGAGCUGCUGAGGCCAGCCUUGGCAGACUCUCAAGCAGGCGCUGAUGACAUCAGAAUGAAUCCAGUCACCAGGUUGCUGGUCCCUGGCCCCAAAUGUGCCAUGCUUCCGGCCAGUGGCCAUGCAGGGCCAAUACCUCCUGGCUACUUCAUCCACCCUAACACUGGGCGUGUACUGCCUGAGGCUGGACACCUGGGAUACGAUCUGCUGAGCGCUACCUUGGUGCCUACUACUGACUCUAAUCCUGGUAGCAUCCGAACAUCAGAAGCUACCAUCCUCCCCUACGUGCCCUACCCAACUUGUUCCGACACAGGUUCUCUUCCAGCCACGGAUCUGCCCAUCCUGCAGCCACAAAGAACAUCCCAACUGGGGGCCCUCAUGACCGAUCCUGUAACGGGCAUUGAGGUGCCUGUGCUAGCUGUGACCCUGCACCCCCAAACCAGGCAGUGGCUCACUCUUGGAGGAACGUACUGCAACCCUCUCACCAAAACAUUGGCCCCUCUUGAGUUGGGAGGCCCGAUGGAGGACCCAGGCACAGGAGGCAUCUCGCUGAUCCUUGGAGUUGGGUUCGAUGGUGACACAGGUCUCCUGGCAGCCCUUGGUGCCACCCUGCACUCUCCUCCCUACCUGGCCUGGCUUCUGAUUCCCUUCUUUGAGUCCCCACACUAUGUUCCAAACUGUCAGGUGCGUGCACUGGGAGGACUGCGAGAUGCUGCAGGGAACCUUGUGCUGCCUGGUGACACCUUUGUGGAGCCACUGAGCAGGAAGACAGUCCGGCUCCAAGGGGCUUCCCAACAGAAGGACAGGACAUUGCCCUGUGCAGGAGGGCCACAGGCCCUGCUGGAUGCCAAUGUGCUGGAGGCCCAAAGGAGAGUGGUUACAGUGCUCCAGCAGUGGCAGGAGCAUCCAGGGUGGAGGGCACAGGGGCCCCUGGAUGCUGCUAUCAAGGACGUGAGACAGGCACUGGCCUUGAGUCUACACCAUAUCCUGCAGCAGGCUCGGAGGCUGGCCAGGCAGCUGGAGGCAGCUCGUGGCAUCGAAGCCAGUGGUGGCAGGGUGGGGAUGGUGUGCUAUCCUGGGACAGAGGUGUGGAUCCCAGCCCUGUAUGGGAUGGAGAUCCCAGACCCCGAGGGCUCAGGACUCAUGGUGCCCAUCCUGGGCAUGCAGAAAGAUGGGACUUCUGGUUAUGCCAUGCCCCUGGCAGGCUCAAUGGAAGAUGCUGAUGGUAAAGGUCUUGUCCCAAUAUCAAUUGGGUCUCGAGCCAUAGACCCCUGGACUGGGGCACAUGGUCCCGUCAUUGGUGCUCAAAUGGACCCCUUUGGAAAUGUGGUGGUGCCUGUGGUACAGGUGCUGGAGGCCUUGCCUCGAGGAACACGAGACCCUGGUCUGUGGGACCUCCUGGAGCAUGAGCUGAAAGCCCGACAGCAGUACUGGUACCACCGAGAGCAGGAGGAGGAACGCCUGGUGGAGCACCUGGGGCACCUGAGCCGAGAUCUCCACACUCUAGGCAACAGCGCCAGGCUUCAGCUAAAGGCUGCCAAGGAGGCCUGUGCAGCCCUAGAGGCCUGCUACCUGCAAGAGACACAGCGGAGAUCCAGAACUCUGAGCAUGCUCAGCAGCACAGAGAGGGGCCCGCUCUCUCAAGCAGACAAAAAAGAGUGGGAAGAGGAGGCACAAGUGGUUCUUGGCAUGAAGAAGGUCCUGCAGAGUUUAGAGCAAGCAGCGGAAAAGCUCAGGCAAGCAUCUCUCCGGUUACAGGGCCAGGAGGAAGAGAUGUGGCUGCAGCAGGCCAUGUAA